AUGUCAAACUCGGGAAAGAGCUGCUGCAACGAUGGAACUGAACUUCCAGACGAGCCGCGGACAAUGAAGAGUCGAGUACUCGAGACUGGAGCCUCAAUGAUCCAAGACUUCACGCCCGUAAAGCAAAUCUGCGCACAUCUCAAUGCAUUCCACUUUUACGCCAACGAUCCAACUCGAUGUCUGGAAGCCGAUCACUAUUGCACUCACUUAACAGAGGAUAUCCGCCAAUGCCUAAUCUACGACUCAUCCAAGGCAAACGCCCGCCUCAUCGGCGUGGAAUACAUGAUCUCGCCGCGGAUUUUCGUGACUCUUCCCACCGAAGAGCGUAAGCUCUGGCACACGCACGAGUUCGAGGUCAAAAGCGGCAUGCUGGUCAUGCCAGCACCAGCUGGUGUGCCCGACGCUAUCUGGGAAGCUGCGGAGACGGCAGAGAUGCAAGACGUUGCGCCUGUCUAUGGCAAGACGUAUCAUUUCUGGCAGGUUGAUCGUGGAGAUCCUGUGCCUCUAGGCGAGCCGCAGUUGAUGGGCAGCUUUGUAUCGAAUGAGAGCGUGAAGUUGGCACAUCCUGCAGGGUUGGAUUCGUUGCUGGAGGACCGGGACAAGAGGUAUGGCGUGGAUCAUCAGCAGAAGGCGAAGAAGAGGGAGGGCAUUGAGCCGGUCGAGAAGCAUCCCGAUGCUGAUUCGUGGUACAAAAAGUCACAUUGA